GCGGCCGGGCUUGAUUCCGCCACUUUAACCGAGCCCGCUUGCCUUCGAAUGUGCAGGGCGGGAUGGGGGAUCGAACGCGCGCGCGGACCUGCCGCGCUACAUCGCAACGAGCGUCAUUUUUCUCCCAUCUUUGACCAUCGUCAUCAUCACCAUCAUUGUCAUUACCGCCGCGCAUGUCGCCAUCCCAAAGGACCGUUCUGUAGAUCAACAAAGGAGGAACUUGCUGUACAAAAAAAGUCGGUGAGGGAUCGAGCUUGACCGAGCGGACCCCAUCCGGCGCCAUGGCUUCCAAACUGAACCCCAACGUCCUGUACGUGGCCGAGCCGAGCGAGUCGGCCCAGGCGGACGCCGAGAGGACGCCUCUUGCCGGGGACGCGGGAGACGAGUCGUCCGACAGCGACGGCGAGCAAGAGGAGACGUCGCACAAGCUUAUCCGCAAAGUUUCCACCUCGGGCCAGAUCCGGGCCAAGAAGAGCGUGAAAGAGGGAAACCUGUUGAAGCAGACGAGCUCCUUUCAAAGGUGGAAGCGCCGGUACUUCAAGCUCCGUGGAAGAACGCUCUACUAUGCCAAGGACUGUAAGUCUCUUAUUUUUGACGAAGUCGACUUGUCCGAUGCCAGCGUGGCCGAAACCGGCACCAAGAACAUCAACAACAGCUUCACGGUUAUCACUCCUUUUCGCAAAUUGAUGCUGUGUGCUGAGAACAGGAAGGAAAUGGAAGACUGGAUCGGGGCCCUCAGGUCUGUCCAGAAGUGGGAAAUCUACGAGGCCAGCCAGUUCAACGUGGAGCAUUUUUCGGGAAUGCACAACUGGUACGCCUGCUCGCACGCCCGGCCCACCUUCUGCAACGUCUGCAGGGAGGCCCUGCCGGGCGUCACCUCCCACGGCCUUUCCUGCGAAGUCUGCAAGUUUAAGGCCCACAAGCGCUGCGCCGUCCGCUCCACCAACAACUGCAAGUGGACCACGCUGGUCUCGAUCGGCAACGACAUCAUUGAAGAUGAGGAAGGGGUGUCCAUGCCCCACCAGUGGCUGGAAGGCAACCUGCCCGUCAGCGCCAAGUGCGUGGUGUGCGACAAGAACUGCGGCAGCGUUCGGCGGCUGCAGGACUGGCGCUGCCUCUGGUGCAAAGCGAUUGUCCACAGUAGCUGUAAAGAACAAAUGGACAAAGUCUGCCCCCUGGGUCAGUGCAGAGUUUCCAUCAUUCCUCCCACUGCACUUAACAGCAUCGACUCUGAUGGCUUCUGGAAGGCCACGUCUGCGUCCUGUUCCAGUCCUCUCCUGGUUCUCGUCAACUCCAAAAGCGGGGACAACCAGGGUGUCAAGUUCCUGCGCAAGUUCAAGCAGCUCCUCAACCCGGCUCAAGUCUUUGAUCUGAUGAACGGCGGUCCGGAACUCGGCCUGCGCCUCUUCCAGAAGUUUGUGACGUUCCGAAUCUUGGUGUGCGGGGGCGACGGCAGCGUGGGCUGGGUGCUUUCGGAGCUGGACAAACUCAACCUCCACAAGCAGUGCCAGCUGGGAGUGCUGCCGCUGGGCACCGGGAACGACCUGGCCCGAGUUUUGGGCUGGGGGGGCCUCUGCGAUGACGACGCUCAGCUGCUGCAGAUCUUAGAGAAGCUGGAGAGGGCCACCACCAAAAUGCUCGACCGAUGGAGCGUGAUGACCUACGAGGUUCCGCCCACCUCAAAACGCACGCGAUCGACGAAAGAAGAGGACACCCUCGAUUCUCCUCUGCAGGUUCAUAUCACUCAAUAUGCCGAUUCUGUGGCGUCCCACCUGGCCAAGAUCCUGGAUUCAGAUCGACACAGCGAUGUCAUUUCCUCUGCAAAGUUCCUGUGUGGGACGGUGAAUGAGUUUGUGGCGGAGGUGGGCAAGGCCUACGAGAGAGCCACGGAGAACAAGGAGGAAGCGGACGCUAUGGCAAAGAAGUGUGCUUUGUUGAAUGAGAAACUGGAUUCCCUGGUAAAAGCCUUAAGUGAAGAAGCUGAAGCUCAGGUAAUAGAAGGAGCAACUCCAAGCGCUACCUUUUGUCAAGGGCAAAACAAAGACAAAAAAAAAUUAAAAAAUCCUGAUUUUUUUAUUUUCCAGGUUGUUCCAGCGGGUUCCUCCCAGGCCAGCCCGGACGGUGAUGGCUCAGGCCUCGAAAAAGAUGCAAGCAACGUAAGCUCAGAUGCUCAAACUUACCGCUCGAAGGAGCAGCUGAUGCUGCGGGCCAACAGUCUGAAAAAGGCACUGAGGCAGAUCAUCGAACAGGCUGAGAAAGUGGUGGAUGAGCAGAACCGACACACUCAGGUCCACAGGAUGUGGUCGUCUUCUUCCAUCAAGCGGGAAAACAGCGAGGAACUCAAGGAUGCGGACAUGCGCAUCAGAAGUCUCAGUCCAUCUUCGCCCAUCGUCUUGGAGAAACCGGCGAGCCUCCACACGGUCAACUUCAACGAGGACUCAGUGCAAUGCUGGGAGAAAUGCGUCAUGAACAAUUACUUCGGCAUCGGCCUGGACGCCAAGAUCUCUCUGGAGUUCAACAACAAGCGCGAUGAGCAUCCGAAAAAGUGCAGCAGUCGCACGAAGAACAUGAUGUGGUACGGAGUUCUGGGGACCAAAGAGCUGGUCCAGAAGACCUACAAAAACCUGGAACAGAGGGUCCAGCUGGAGUGCGACGGCGUCGCCGUUCCGCUACCAAUCCUCCAGGGCCUGGCGGUGCUCAACAUUCCCAGCUACGCGGGUGGCAUCAACUUCUGGGGGGGCACCAAGGAGGACAACAACUUUGGCGCUCCGUCUUUUGACGACAAGAAACUGGAAGUGGUGGCCGUGUUUGGCAGCAUGCAGAUGGCCGUGUCCCGAGUCAUCAAUUUGCAACACCAUCGGAUCGCGCAGUGCCGCCAGGUGAAGAUCACCAUUUUGGGGGAGGAGGGCGUCCCCGUGCAAGUGGACGGCGAGGCCUGGAUCCAACCACCGGGCAUCGUUAAGAUACUCCACAAGAAUCGAGCGCAGAUGCUCACGAGAGACAGGGCGUUCGAGAGCACGCUCAAGUCGUGGGAGGAUAAAUUAAAAGUCGACAGCGACCGUGCCAACAGACCCCGCCUCAACUCGCAGCAGUCCAUGGAGUACCUGACGGAGGAGGAGUGUGCCCAGGUGCAGCAGCUGGGCAUCGUGGCCGACACGCUCAUCAGCAAGAUCCGCGAGACUGCAAAGACCCACAAGCUGGUGGAGCAGGAGCUGGCGCACGCCGUCAACGCCAGCGCCAUGGUGCUGACUGAGGCCAAGCUGUCCAGCCCCGAGUUUCUGAGUCGCAGCACAGCCGUGGAAAUCGUCAACAGCAGCAAAGUUCUCCAAGCGGAGACGACCAUGCUUCUGGAUGGACAACAUCUGUCCGAUUCCCCCGAGGAGGCGGAGCUGCGCUCAACCCUGAACAGCCUCAGCGCGGAGCUCCACAAGCUGGUCGACAUCCACUGGAUCUGUCCGCUGAUGCACUGCGCCGAGGGGGAGUCGGGGCGUCCCAGCGGUAAAAGCAGCAUCAAGCUGAAGAUCAUGCCCAAGGCCAAGAGGGAGAAGGAGAAGCUCUACAAGCAGAAGUCCAACAGCUCACUCUCAGUCGAUGUCUCUCGUGUUGGAGCCACGAUGCAUGCCGGUCCACCCGUUGCAGCGGAUCUCCAAGGAACAUCGGACGUCAAAUGCGCAACUCCUGAAGCAGAAUCUUCGGGCAACUGAUGAUCUUUUCCGGCCUCUCACCUUGACCGCCGCGGGUGGCGAGACACCUUCCUUCCUCCCGCCCGCUGGCCUGACCGCCGAGAGCCGCCGAUGAGUGAUGAGCACUACGUCUUGCGUUUCCCUGCUGUACAUUUGAUUUCGGAAAGGGUCUGCUAGUCUCGUGGUAUCGAAAGCCUACAACGAAUGUCUUUAUUUAUUUUAUUUUUUUGUCAGAAACAAAAGUGUUUCUGUUGCUUGCAUGCCGAGUGCAGCCAUCUUUUUCUGGACCCGCUGAGAACGGAAGCGGCCUCAGAUUCUAGUAAAGACUUUUGGGCACGACUUCCAUGACAACAGGAUCUUAUGUGCGGAAAAAUCGUACACGUUGCGGGUGAAGAGAAUAAGAAAAAGGAAGAAAAAAAAAAGAUGGUGAAUGUAUUUUGUGUGCUGAGCUGUGAACUUUACUACUGAUAAGAAUCCUAAUAGUGAUAACGUGCACAUUCAAGGUUCAUUCAAGUGGUUCUUAGUUUGUUUUGCUUGUCGUGGCCUCAGCAGGUACUCAAGAGGUCAAUGGGUUGACUAACAAACAGCUGAUUGUAGAUGUAACGCGCCAAACGUGAGCCUUUUGCUUUGCCAGCGGUUCCCAAAUUCUCUUGCGGCUUUUUGCUGCCUUCAUGAGCGGGAGGGGAGAACUCAUGAGGCCGAACAGUCAAACUAAACUUGCCUGAAGCGUGUUUCAGAUAAGUAGAUGCUUGUUGUUGAGGGGCGAACAAAACAAAACAAAAAAAAAUCAUACUGCGUGGUAUUAAUUUCUUAUCAGGAAUAUGCUUGUUUCCACUCAUGCUCGAGCGUUCCUUCGCUCGCUCUGCUGUGGUCGGAUGCUGCGAAUGCAUCCAUAAGUAUGCUGCCGCCUUUUCGCCUUUCGAGGCUUUUGUGGUGUUGUGCCAAGUCGAAGGACGCCCUCCUGGCAAUUUGGAGGGGUAACGUGGCGUUCAUUUCAAGUUAACUGUGUCUUGCCUUGCACUUUACAGACUACUUCAUGGGGUUGGGGGGGGCAGUAUGCGAAUGCAUGCGUGUUUACAUCCGUGUGUCAAACUAGGUGAAGAAUAUAAAAAUGUAUUUAUAAAAGAUGUGAGACGAACACACACGCGCACGCAUGCCCGUUGAUGACGUGUGAUGCGUGUCGUUCCUCCCGCUGCUCCUUCGUCAGCUGUCGCACCGGUCCGACAUGUAAACUAAAGGUUAACCAUGUUCACCAGAUGAAGUUUGAAGCCAAAGCUUGAUUCAUUAACUGUUUGUGUACAAGACCGUGUAACUUUUUUUGAAAUGGUAUCAUCGACUUGUUUUGAAUAUAUGAUUGCAACGUGUGCGUUUGGUCUUUAAACGAAAGCUUAUGCAUAUUUAAUUUUGAUAAAUGAUUGUUUUUAUGUCAUUUAACGGGGGUUGCAGAUGAUCCCGCAAUGUGCGCGCGGCUGCCAGUUCUGUCUGCUCUGUAGUGCGCCACGGCGUGUAACAAAAAAAGAAGCUUCAGAGAUUAAACGGAUUUAAUGGUGUGUGUGGAAAAAAAACAUUGGUGCGUCUGCUUCUUCUUGCAAUAUGCCUGACUGAAAAUUUCGCGUUAUUAAUUCUGUUCCGUUUGUCUAAAGAUGUUGCCGGCACCAACAAAUGUCAUGUCAUUUUCCCUAUUGAAUUAUUAAUUGAGGUCUUUAGAAUAAGGAGCGACAAAUGAGUUAUUUCAUAUACAGUGCUGGUUAAGCCGCUUUCCCUGAGACAACACUGCCCCCUACAUGAGCAUUGGAUGAUAGGCCUGAUUCAAACGUCUCAUGUGUGUUUGGUGAGUCAUCUGUGAAUCCUUCAGGUAAGGGAUUGCUGCCGCUCACCAAUGAGUCAUUGGAAUAUUUGCCACCAAAAACUAAACGUGAAUAACUUUUAAAUAGUUUAUACUGAAUUUGAAUUACGUGAAUUGAAGGUCAGUGGUUCGGAUAAUGGAUGGAUUUGUAUAUUUUACUCUGAAUCAUAUUGAAUAACUGAAUCUGAAUUGUACAAUCUGAAUUUGAAACGCUAUACCUUUUUUUUCUUUGAAACUGUAUUUGAUCCUCGCUGAAAAUUAAAUUUUGUUUAUUUUCAUAUUCAGUCUUACAAAUACAAAACAACGUUUUUUUCAACGUCAGAUUUU